UUAGUUCUAAAUUUUGCAAAUUUUCGAAAUUUUUCUGUUUUCGGUUUUACCUAUUGUUAAUUUUUUUUUGUUCAAAUGUCAGAAUUUUAGUGCAAAAAUAUGUCUCCUAAAACGAAAGUCGAUGUGGAUCGAUAUGCAGAAGAUGUUUUUCGUAAAUGCCUUUCAGAUCACGAUAAAAAAUUGAAAUCUCUUGUCAUUGGAAAACUAUAUCUGUCAGUCAAGGCCUAUGAUAUUGCUGUUCGCCACUUCCAAGCUUUCCUAUCUGUCAAUGAGAACUCACCUGAGACUUACAAGUUGAUUGGCAAAUGUUUUCAACAGUUGGGAAAACCAGAAAAAGCAAUUGUGUCUUACAAACGUUCAUUAGAACUAGAACCACCUCAACCAGCACUUGUAUUACUCAUCUGUGAGUUGAUCAGCAGUAUGAAUUUAGCAGAUGUUGGCAUCAACUCGGCUCGUCACUGGUAUGAGAAGGGCAGUGAAUUAUUUCCCAACAAUGCAGUUAUCACCAAUCUCAGACAAAAAAUUGUUAUUGCUGAAAAUAAGGAUCCCAAAGCUGUAGAAAACUUCUACCUGUCGGAAUUAAGAUCCAAUCCAAAUGAUGAGAUUCUCCUCAUUAACUUACUGAAUUUAUACGUGAGCUCCAAACAAUUCGCUGCAGCUCACAAGAAAAUAAUUGAGUACCAAGGAAAUCCAGCCCUUCAUCAAAGUUUGGAAUGGCACAGGUGUCUUAGAAAAGUCUAUAAGCUUUGUCUUCAAGACAUCUCAUCGGAUCAGGUGAAUACAGGAGAUUUUUUGCUAGAGGCUGUUGCAGCAAGUGAUAAUCAUCUGUCCAUCUUGCACCGUUUCAAAAAUGAUGGAUUGCUUGAUGAAGCUUUAUCUGUCUUGCAGUCUUUUGAUCAGUUGUUGUCAAAACUCUGCUCAGUGUCCAGUUUGAGAGGUCCAGUUGAUAAAGACAUCCAAAGGCAUUAUCAGGCGCAGUUGUCCUUUCAUAUAGCUGUGCUAACUUUAAAAAAGCUCAUAAAAGAAGAAGCAUCAGAAAAAGACGCCAAGGAACUUGUGGCCCCAAGCCUAUUACUAGCUCAGGCCUCACCUUUUGACUUAGAAUCACCUCAUCUAUCCUCUCUUGACUCAAAAUAUCGAGCCAAAAUGAGAUACAUUGUAGAUGAUGCUACCUUUCGCCUGAUUCAAGCGAACUUAACUCUCAGAAAUUGGUUCAAGGGUGCAGCAGAAGACAAAAUAAUUACCAGCAUCAGCAAUGGAUAUUCCAAUGAGACCCGAAGCCGGAUAUUUUCAAAAAUUUUCCCACAGGGAGAAGCUGGGCUAUCAUCUUGCUGGCUCCGGUCUAGUGUUUUUGAGAAACUACCGCAACGGCUACUGAGUCUCUCUGAAGUUGUAACAGAAUCAAACCUGUUUGCUUAUGAAAGGCGUAGCGCACACUCCUAUCAUGACCUUGUGUGGCUGGGGGUUCAAACUCUGUUUCUAAAUGUGUCACCUGGUAAUUUAGUUUUGCCAAAAAUUUUCAAGUGCCAGAAUUUUCCAUCUCUGCCCCUUUCAUCUCAAAAUCUCAAUCUUGUCUCCGUGGAAUCUUUGAGCAAGCUUGAUGCUGACAGUUUUCUUUAUUUGUCGGUCUUCUCAUCGUAUCUUUCAUUAGUUGAAUCCAAAGCUGCAUGGCAUGAAAGUCUUCUUUCGGAUGUCAUACCAUCUCUAGCAACAGACAAACAGCUUCAGUUUUGGGCAGCAGUUCAGAAGAGUCGGAAAGGUGAGCUUGGCGAUUCCAUCGAUUCAAAAUCUAUACUUAUUAAAGGUGUAGAGACAGUGCGAUUAAUCGGGCAGCAUGGGCUGGAUUUGAGAUUGUUAAUCCUUGUUGCACGAACAUUUGAAGCGCAAGCACGCAGUGCCGCAAAGCAGCAAGAUGCACUGUACACCUCAGCCGUUGAGAAGCGUGCUUUCUUGUUUUGGAGUAAUAUCAUUCGAAAGUUAGAACUAGCUCAAGUGCAAGACGUCUACCAAAGUGCCAAUGCAUUUUUUCCGCACAAGUUCUCGCCUGUGAAAAGAAAUGAGAUCCCUGUGUUCUUGGAAGAAGGACGAUUCUUUGUGGCGUACAAGAAAAUGCGCAGUGAAAAUUACCAGGAAGCAUUAGAAGGGUUCAAGUCAUUAAGCAGCGCAGAGGCCGCAUUACAUGAGGCCCUGAUCUAUAAACGACUUGCACUGAACGAGAUCCGUAAUCAAGAGUGUGAUGAAAUUACAGCUGAGAUGCAUGCCAAGCAUAAUACAUGGCUCAUGAAAGCAAAGGAGGCACUUUGUAAGGCAGAAGAGCGAUUGGGAGAUCAAAUCAAUCAUCCAUUGCGCUCUGAACUUGGUUCACUUCUGGAGGAAAUAGAAGGCCGAUUGGUGCGCUAUGAUCGAGAUUCCAGGAAUGAAGAUGAGACAGAAAGCUUACCCUCUACAGUCGAUUCAAACAUUGAGUUAGACUCCAGCUUAUACCAGCCUAGAUCCUCCUUCAACUCAACCUCACAUGAUUUGGAUUUCCGGUCAAAAUCUGGAAACUUCACGCCACAACGCUCCUCCGAUGCUCAUUCAAAAGCACCUAACCUCAAAGAUUUGAUCGCCUCGCAGACAAAAAUGUUCAAUUUUUUGGAACAACUGUCCAAAAGAGUUGAAAAAAUAGAGCAGGAAGUGACCUUACUUGUGAAGAACACAAAAAAAACUGAUCAAAAGUUGCAAAGAACCUUGAUGCAUAUUUGCUCUAAUUCUAACCCUCUUUUCCAGACUCAGUUAGCAAAUUUGUUACUCCCCCAGUUCUUGCAGGCACCAAGCUUCUACCCUCAGGUAGUACCACCAUUGAUGCCUCAUUUUCUCCCCCCUGGAAUGCCAUCAUUUAUACCACCAGGCAUGAUGCCUCCAGUUCUUGUUCCUCCACAGCCUAAUUUGAAUGUUUCCCAACUUCCAAAUUCUAGCCUGUCCCACCUACUGCCAGGAACUUCUGGUGUAAUUCCAUCCUAUUCUAUCGCGAAUUCUUACACUCAAAGCAGCGGUGAAUCAACUAAUCCUCAAAUAUCCAGGCCUGAUUCUGUCACCAUCAGUGGGUCUCCAAUGCCUGCCCCCAAGUUAUCUUCUACUAGCUGUGGUCAACAGCCACCUGAAACUGGACAUAUUGUCAAGACGAAUACUUUCCCUGUUGGAAAUCAUGUGCUACCGAACAAUUCAUCUUCAAGCUGCAACGAACAGCCAGUUUCUUCUAAGCAGCCGCUUUUUAAGCCUAGUGCUCUGACAUCUGUUGUAACCUCUCAGAAUCAGCCGCUUUUAAGUUCCAGUCCUACCACUCUAUCAAUCUUAGGUCCUUCUGUGUCUCAGAGUCAGUCACAAUCAACUUUCAAGCCAAGCUUUAUGACAACCUCGGCAACAUCUGUCCCGUUUCAAUCCUCACAGACUGCACAGCCAACAGGAACCUCUGGAUUAGUGCCACCUCUCAAGCCGAGCACUCAGAAGGUAAUUGGUUCAACACUGAGUCAAGAUAUGUCACCAUCUGUUUUGUCCAAGUCAGUUUUAUCUUCAUCAAGCACCGUUUCAUCCAGUAACUCUCCAAGUAGCAUCAAAUCGCCUCUACCAUCGGAUGCAUCUUUCUUUAAUGGAGUAGCAACACCCCAAGGAGAAAGCACUCCAGUCAAAUUAGCACCAGCAAAUGGUGUUCUAACUGCAGCAAGUGCACAAAAAGUUUCAGAAUCACUGUUUAAUCUUUUAACAAAACCAUCUUCAGCUGCUAAUUCAAAUCCAUCAAUUUCGGCAUCUGCUGCCUAUUCUUCUACAGAAUUAGCAGGCACAACGAAGUCUGCAACUCCAAUCCUAUCUAAACCAGACAAUACUCCAAAGUCACUUUUAAAAGAAACUCUACUAAAGUCUGUAGACCCAUCUACAAAGCCAACAAAUUUGUCUUUUAACUCAUUUGAAAGCUCGCCUCUGAGCGACAGAUUCUCGCUUGAGUUUGCCAAGCUUUCAAAAAAUUGUGAACUAAACUCCAAGAAGUCUGACUCAUUCAAAGGCUUUGAUGGACAAGGCUCAAAGUUGUUUGAUUCUCCAGCAUCAAUUAAAAACUCGAAUGGGAGUCCUGCAGGUGAUAGUGCAAAGGAGUUAAUGCCAACUGCUGAGUUCCAGCCCGUAGUAGCAUUGUCCCUAGCAAAGUCCCCUGUUCCACGUUAUCUCCACUCUCCAUCCCUUUAACGGAUUAAUUUGGACUUGUGACAGUAAGUGACAUCUUCAUCUUCCUCACCAGUUGUCGGAAUGAUUUCAUCUGGUAGGGGUAACACAGGCUGCAACAAGUGAGAGAAUAUUCAGAUCUUGGAAAAGUUCGAACAAAAUGAAAUUUUCGAUUGCAAUUUAGAUUAAAGCGGUAAAAUAACAGAUUUAACUGGAAUGAACUUAACUACAUCAGAUAUUGCCUGAUUUCCUCUCAUACUCUUUAUUCCAACGAAAAAUUAAGCAACGUUCCACCUUGAAAAUGUGUGUGUACCAGCAUAAUCUAAGGAAAAUUUACAGAAAGGUUCAAGGCAAUAUUUUGUUGAGUAUUCUCAUAAAAAAAUUAAACAUGAGAGGAAAUUAGGCAAUACUAAUUUUAUUUUGGCUCAUUCUGGUUAAAGCUGAUCAAAUGUUCUUUGGUAAAUCUUUAGGUUUAGAGUGAUGCGUAACUGUUUUACCUACGAGGUUUAUCUGAGAUGGUCAGUGUUGACCAUCUCACACCACUGCACAGAUAAAUUAAACCAUAAGACAGCGAAUCACUUCAUAAUCUGAAUUUUGAUCGGGCUCUUCGAAAGAACUCUCUGGUGGUUUGAUAUUUAUCAUCUUUUUUGCGUCUUCAAUGGGAACAGAGAAUUUCUUGGCCUGAAGAAAAACAAAUAAACAAUUCUUAAAGUAACGGAAAAAUAAAGAAAUGCAACUAAGUAAGGGAUGCAGAAAAGAGAACCCAUAAAACCAAUUACAGCAAAGUUAAAGCAAGAGAGUUUGAAUUUCAACAAAAUAAGCUCUCUGAAAUUUUACUGAGCAUUGAAUAAAGGUAAAAUCGUUACGUAUCACUCUAAACUCAAACAAUUACCAAAGAACAUUUGAACAGCUUUACCCGGUAAUCAAUACAUCCAACUAUUUUUUUCCAUUUUUCGUUCCAGAACUCUCAACCUCUCAAUGGUGCUGGCUGGGUAGCCUCUUAAAGGAAGGCUCAAUCCUAGAAGAAAAGUGUUGUUGUCGUUUUAAUGUGUUUUUUCUUUUUUUAAUACCUACUGUAUUUUAAGCUUAAUGAAUUUCUGUGUCCUGGUUGCUUCGGCUGUGAUGAUUAAAUGUUUUCUAGUUUUUAUAUUAGCCCAUUUCUCGUACCGUUGAUAAUUAUUUGUAGGUACAGUAUUUAAAAAUGAAAUUCAGUAGAUAAUUAAGUGUUUCCUAGUUUUUCUAUUAGCCCAUUUUUUGUACCUUUAAUUAUUAUUUGUACCGUAUUUUAAAGUGAAAACCGAGUUGAAAUAAUCUUCUUGUCCACAUGGAUUUAUCUUUCUUCGAAAAACUGUUGAAUAUUCUACAGAUUUGUUGUCUUUUGCAGUACUAAUUUAUAACACAUUUUACGAGCAGUCCUCAGAUUGAAUGCAUUUCUUUCAAGGAAAUUUUACACAAAUAAUGUUUUUGAAAAAGGAAAAUUCUACGAUAAGCCAUGAUUUCAAUUUUAUUCUGACUUAGUCCGUUGUUAAGGGAAUAACUGUAUUUCUUUUUUUUUUUUUUCAACUAAAAAAUUUUAAUUUAACCUCGAAUAUUAAAGGAAAAUAAAUUAUUUCAUCCUGCUUUUACAGACAUGUGGAGCUAUAUUUGAAUCACCGUCUUUUCUGCCAUACCAGCUCACACUGAAUUAUGUCUGUUAUUUUGAUAAUUCUGCAUUCAUUUUCAUCUCUUUAUUCCCCGUAAUACUUUAUUUUCUUCAAUAAAGCAGAAAAUGAGGUUGAAAAACUUACUUUUCCUCUAGUUGUUUAGCCUUUGUUGAUGUAUGAAUUUUAAUAGUAACUUUUUGAGCCCCUAACCUCAUAGCAACAAAAUUAAAAGAAAUAAAAAUUUCCUAUCAUUAUGCUGCAUUUUUUUUUUUUUUUUUACAAAUGCCGUAGACCUCUUGGCGCUCAAAGGCAUAAUCAGAGGCAUAGGAAUACUUAAACAAGAGAAACUACAAAUAAUUAAACAAACAAGAAGUGCAACUAAAAGCAAAUCAGCACAAUGACUUAAAGGUUAAAAAUAAGCUGAAUAAACUACCAAUGUCUACCAUAUCAAAAAACGACAAGAAGUUAAGCCAGAUGAGAAAUGAUAAACAUUGAUUGCACAAAAAUCAAUUUUAAAUAAUUACUUCAAGUUGCAAAAUUUAGUCCUAUAAUACAUUCCCUGGGUUUUUUAAACCCUUUAGCACAUUUAUGAAAUCUAUCCCAUCAUUUAACGCUUUCUUUUUGUAAGUACUCAUAAUUAAUCUAUCAGUUGAAUUUUUACAAAUUGUAACAUCUUGAUCUAAAUUAUCAAUACUGUGUCUAGAAUCUGUGUGUGAUACAUGUUUAUUUACAUUCAAGUUUGGUUUUUUAAUGCUUGUGGAAUCUAAUAUUAAUAUUUCUCUCUGUUUUCCCUAUAUAUUCGUCCAGACAGUCAUUACAUUUACGCAUCUAAACACCUGGUUUUUCAUAAAUUCCCAAUGGAGUGUCCUUUAAAUUAGAUUUAAAUGCAGACUGAUAACCAUUGUCUUUAAAAAUAUGGCCCAAUAUAUCACUUCUUCAAUUAAAAUAUCUUAAUAACACAUAUCUAUGAAGUUUUUUUAAUCGAAGCUACAUGGUCAGUUACAGACGCUUUAAGCUUAUGUUUCUUUGUAAUUGUUCUACUAGGCCUUUUAUUUUUAUACAAUUUAUAUGAUUACACCAAAGCUUUAUACAAACCAUGACUUGUCCUGGCCAUAUAUAUGCAAGUAUUUAUUCUUUGUCCUUAGAUUAACCAUUCCUUUGAGAAUUAUGACUUUAAUUUCAGAAGCACAGCAUCCUUUUUCUAGAUUCUUAUUAAUCCGUGUCUAUUCUACAAGGAUUGUCAUCCAAAACUGUCCUUGUAUUUUUUCAAAAGGAGUGCUCAUUAAAUUUUUGUGUCCUCUAGUAGUUGUAUGCAAUUGAUUUAUUUUUAUAUAUUUUUAAUGACAUUUUUGUAAUUUUUCUUGCAUAUAUGCUUUCUUUAAAAAAACCUUGUUCAAAAGUUCAUAUCAAAAAUUUUACAAACUGUAGAAAAACUAUUUUUACUCAAUAUACUUUGAUGAUGGUUUUCUUUCAAAUAAGUGGCGAAAAAGUCACAGUAUUAGAAAUACCUACAGAUCAAAAUACUGUCAAGGUGCGAAACCAUGUAUCUCCAUUGCAGUGUUUCAAAGUUUCCACGCCUAUUUUAUUUUUUUAAAGAGAAACACACCAAUUGUACAGCUUAAAGUUUAUGUAGAGUUAUAGUACAGAAGUCUGCUACUAUUGAAGAAAAAUCAGGGAAGUUUUCAAAAUAUUUUUCAUAGAGAAAAUAAGGAAUGACAGGAAGUCUGCAACUUCGCAAACGGAGUUACGUAGUUUCGCACUUUGGCCGUCGAUAUAUUAUUGGAACUUCUAAGUCAGUGUGAGUUGCUUUUUAUGGGGUUAAAUUGACUCAUAAGACUGUAUUUUAUAAUAUUUGUGAUUUAGGUACAAACAACAAGAUUCUUUAUUUUUCUAUUGCGUUUCUUGUAUCAGUUACUUUGAUGUAUUGUUUCACUAAGGUCUUGUUAGAAAGUAUAGUUUUGUUGUAUUAGUAUCUAGUUUUUUUUUCUUCCAAAGUUUAUUUCAGAACAGAAAGCAGCCUUAAUUUUAAAAGUUCAAUCACCAGCGUCAUUAAACUUUUAUCAAGUUACCUGGCUUGUUCUCCCAGUUCCUUCUCAAGUUCUUAGUCGACUGCUCUGCAUCCAAAAAAUCAUAAAGAGCUUUCAAAAAGACAAGCAAUGCUCUCUUAGAAGGAAUGAAAUGUGCAUUUAAGAACUUGCAGAACCGUUUUGCUCUCAGGAAAGACCAAGUGCCUACCUACCUAAAAAAGACUACAUACCUUUCUGCACAGUAUUCGGUCCUAAUCUUCAAAAGGUUUUCCUCCUGUUCGUGAAAACAGUGACACCUAAGAGCAACUUUUCCUCUUGAAACACUGAACAAGAUUAUUGCAUACUGGUAUCGAAAUUUACCUCGGCUACUUGCAGCCUUUAAAUGCUAAUUUUUCUGGACUGAACUGACACCCCCCCCCCCCACAAAUGUACUUACCUAUAGACAAAUUUUUGUUGUGUUGUUUGUCUUUUGUCUCACUUUUACCUAGUUUAUUGAUUAUUUUUAGUAUUGUUGUAAAGUUUUCUGAAUAUUAAAGAGUAGCAGUAAGUAAUCCAAGUCGUGGAUUUGCAAAAUUUCAUCUGUUUGUGAUGGUUGUUUCUAGAAAGUUGAGCAAAAUAAAAGAAAUGAUAAACCAA